GAAAAGGGAAAAAAAGAAAUCACGCUCUGUGGCCGAUGCGCUGCCAUGAAAUAAUGUUUGUGUCGUGUAUCCUGUCCUACAGGUCUAUGCAAUAUUAGUUAGUCACCCUCCUGCUCCCAACGAUCACCUAACACCAACACCUGUAUCAUACACAGCUGGCUUCUACAGGAUCCCUGUCAUUGGUCUGACAACACGCAUGUCUAUAUAUUCUGAUAAGAGCAUCCACCUGUCCUUUUUGCGCACGGUCCCACCUUACUCUCACCAGGCCAAUGUCUGGUUCGAGAUGAUGAGAGUCUUCAACUGGAACCACGUCAUUCUGAUAGUCAGCGACGACCACGAGGGUCGUGCUGCACAAAAGAAGCUGGAGACCCUCCUGGAGGAGAAAGAGUCCAAGAGUAAAAAAAGGAACUAUGAAAACCUCGACCAACUUUCCUAUGACAACAAGCGAGGACCCAAGGCUGAGAAAGUGCUUCAGUUUGACCCCGGAACCAAAAACGUGACAUCGCUGCUGCUGGAGGCGAAGGAGCUGGAGGCCAGGGUCAUCAUCCUCUCUGCCAGCGAGGAUGACGCGGCCACGGUGUACAGAUCAGCGGCCAUGCUCAACAUGACGGGCUCGGGCUACGUGUGGCUGGUGGGCGAGCGGGAGAUCUCGGGCAACGCCCUGCGCUACGCCCCGGACGGAGUGAUCGGUUUGCAGCUCAUCAAUGGCAAGAACGAGUCAGCCCACAUCAGUGAUGCUGUGGCUGUGGUGGCCCAGGCUGUGCACGACUUGUUUGAGAAGGAGAAUAUCACAGACCCACCGCGGGGCUGCGUGGGCAACACCAACAUCUGGAAGACAGGACCCCUUUUUAAGAGGGUGUUGAUGUCCUCCAAGUACUCAGAGGGUGUCACUGGCCGGGUGGAGUUCAACGAGGAUGGGGACAGGAAAUUUGCCAACUACAGCAUCAUGAACCUGCAGAAUCGGAAACUGGUCCAGGUUGGGAUUUACAACGGCAGCAAUGUCCUGACCAAUGACAGGAAGAUCAUCUGGCCAGGGGGGGAAACUGAGAAACCUCAAGGCUAUCAGAUGUCAACCAAGUUGAAGAUUGUGACCAUCCACCAAGAGCCCUUUGUGUAUGUGAAGCCCACUCAGGCAGAUGGGACCUGCAGGGAAGAAUUCACCAUCAAUGGAGAUCCUGUUAAAAAGGUCUUCUGCACUGGACCCAAUGAGACCAUCCCAGGCCGCCCCACCGUGGCACUGUGCUGCUACGGCUUCUGCAUCGACCUGCUCAUCCGCCUGGCAGGGGUGAUGAACUUCACCUAUGAGGUUCACCUGGUGGCUGAUGGUAAAUUUGGUACCCAAGAGCGGGUGAACAACAGCAACAAGAAGGAGUGGAACGGGAUGAUGGGGGAGCUGCUGAGCGGCCAGGCAGACAUGAUUGUGGCUCCCCUCACCAUCAACAAUGAGCGGGCUCAGUACAUCGAGUUCUCCAAGCCCUUCAAGUACCAGGGCCUCACCAUCCUCGUGAAGAAGGAAAUCCCUCGCAGCACCCUGGACUCGUUCAUGCAGCCCUUCCAGAGCACGCUCUGGCUGCUGGUGGGGCUGUCUGUGCAUGUGGUGGCCGUGAUGUUGUACCUCUUAGACCGAUUCAGCCCAUUUGGCCGGUUCAAAGUAAACAGUGAGGAGGAGGAGGAAGAUGCCCUGACUCUCUCCUCAGCCAUGUGGUUCUCCUGGGGAGUCCUGCUGAACUCUGGCAUUGGAGAAGGUGCUCCCCGGAGUUUCUCUGCCCGUAUCCUUGGCAUGGUGUGGGCUGGCUUUGCUAUGAUCAUUGUGGCUUCAUACACUGCCAACCUGGCAGCCUUCCUGGUGUUAGACCGACCUGAGGAGAGGAUCACGGGCAUUAAUGACCCCCGGCUGCGCAACCCCUCGGAUAAGUUCAUCUACGCCACGGUGAAGCAGAGCUCUGUGGACAUCUACUUCCGACGGCAGGUGGAGCUGAGCACCAUGUACAGGCACAUGGAGAAGCACAACUACGAGAGCGCUGCCGAAGCCAUCCAGGCAGUGAGGGACAACAAGCUCCACGCCUUCAUCUGGGACUCGGCAGUGCUGGAGUUCGAGGCCUCCCAGAAGUGUGACCUGGUGACCACGGGGGAGCUCUUCUUCCGCUCCGGCUUCGGGAUCGGGAUGCGCAAGGACAGCCCCUGGAAGCAGAACGUCUCCCUCGCCAUCCUCAAGUCCCACGAGAAUGGCUUCAUGGAGGAUUUGGACAAGACUUGGGUGAGGUAUCAAGAGUGUGAUUCCCGUAGCAAUGCCCCAGCAACACUCACCUUUGAAAAUAUGGCAGGUGUGUUCAUGCUGGUGGCUGGAGGUAUUGUUGCCGGGAUAUUUUUAAUAUUCAUAGAGAUAGCUUACAAAAGACAUAAGGACGCACGGAGGAAGCAGAUGCAGCUGGCGUUUGCGGCCGUUAAUGUGUGGAGGAAAAACCUGCAGAGAGAACUGAGAAGGAGGAGCAAAUGUAUCCCCGAGCAUGCUCUACGCACCAGCGGGAUACAUUUUGGUUACCCCCGUGCGGUAGCAGAGCCAGACCUGGUCUCUCCGUCCCCCGUCGGAAAGGUCACACUCAUUGGCACGAAAGCAAUUGGGGAGGACUCGCUGCCAGCGCCCGGCGCCGAGCGCGGCUGGGCCCCCCGGCCCGCGGCCCCCGCACCAUGGCGGCUGGUGCUCCCAGCCUGCGCCAACCAGGAUAGAAAAAGUGGUAGAGCAGAACCUGACCCUAAAAAGAAAGCCACUUUUAGGUCCAUCACCUCCACCCUGGCCUCCAGCUUCAAGAGACGUAGGUCCUCCAAGGAUACGCCCUGCAGAAUGGUCCCUCAGGAGUGCCAGAGAGACAGGCUGGCACCAUGGAGCCAAGACAGCCCUGGGAAGCUUCCACCCCACUCUGAACGUCCUAGCGCCCACCAUCACCCGAGCUGCACAGCCUCUCCGCGGCACAUCAUCCCCACCGCCCCAGGAGGAGAUGCAUGUGUUCCCCAUAGGCAGCUCCUGCAACUCGAGUAGCACUGGCAGAGCUGGCGUGUCCAUCCAUCGCAGCCACCCACGAUACUGCAACCCCACAGACGCCAUGUGAGACGCAUAGACCACACAGACACCUCCGAGCCGGCACAUUGCGUUCAGACACGUCCCGAGGUGCACAGGUCCCUUAGCCCCCCGCCUCGCAGAGCCACACUGCCCGCCCCAGGCACAGCUGACACGCGUCCCCUGGCACCGCCCUGCCAGGGGGGUGGUGCCAGAGCUGGGCGACAACCUGCAAAAAGCUCACCUUCUCAGUGAAGGAUCUGCCGUCCCAAAGCCAAGUGCUUCUUGGCUGAGAAAGAGCCUAGUUUUUUGGCCCAAAAGAACCAAAAGAAGGUCAAAGACAACUUUUUUUUUUUUUUUUUUCCCCUAAAGGGAAGUUGAUAUUUUCUACAGCAAGAUCGCAUUUAGCUGGAACCCUAAUUUUUAAUUGAGAAAAACCACAACAACAAACCAAAAUUCUUCCAGAAAAUCUUCCACCAGCCAGGGACUACCAUUUGAGCCCAGUUAGGUUGAAGUCAUUUUUAAAGACAUUAAGUUCUUGUCUAUAUUUUCUUCCUGAUUGUCAUUUAAAGUUUUUGGUGCCUUCACUUCACUUCCAUACCUUAACAUGUUUGAGUCUCUUCUACGGUUAAUAUUGAUUAAUUUCUUAGCUUUAUAGUGUUUUGUUUGGGGAUUAUUGCACCAUCCCUGUAACAUAAUUUACCCUAAAUUACUGAUAUGUGCUUCUAGCAUUAAUCCUACUUUAUCAUAGUUUUGAUAUGACCGUUUUCUUGCUUUUUUUUCCUUUUCCUUUUUUAUUU